AUGGUCUUUGAGGAAUACCUAACAAGUCCUAAGCUUGGGGCCCUGACAAUGAAGGAAGGCAUAAAAGUGAUCUUUAAAGUGUUUAUAACAAUUUCUCUUCUCCUGGGAUUUCUCUACUUCUUUGUCUGCUCCUUGGACAUUCUCAGCAGUGCUUUCCAGCUGGUUGGAGGGAAAGCGGCUAGUAUGCUUUUCUAUGAUGGUUCAGUAAUUUACAAUCCCGUGGCCGGCUUGGUGAUUGGUGUGCUGGUGACUGUCAUGGUGCAGAGUUCUAGCACAUCUACAUCCAUCGUUGUCAGCAUGGUAUCCUCUUCACUGUUGACAGUAAAGGCAGCAAUUCCCAUUAUCAUGGGAGCCAACAUUGGGACCUCAGUCACCAAUACUAUCGUGGCCCUCAUGCAGGCUGGAGACAGGGAUGAAUUUCGAAGGGCUUUUGCAGGAGCUACUGUCCAUGAUUUUUUUAACUGGUUGUCAGUGCUGGUGCUGCUGCCUGUGGAGGUGAUCACAAACUACCUCUACCUCUUCACCAGCUCCAUAAUCCACUCCUUUCAUAUCAGGAGUGGAGAUGAUGCCCCUGAACUCUUGAAAGUCAUCACUCGUCCCUUCACAAAACUUAUCAUUCAGCUGGAUAAAAAAGUCAUAAUUGAAAUUGCUACAGGAAAUGAGGCAUCACGAAACAAGAGUCUGACAAAGACUUGGUGUAAAACUUUUAAAAAUGUGACUAUAAGCAAUGUUACUGUACCCUCCCGAGAAAAUUGUUUCUCUCCCCAUCUCUGCUGGACUGAAGGGAACGUGACCUGGACCCUCACGCAUAAAGUAUUUAAAAAGAACCUUCAAAAGUGCAAACACUUAUUUGUGGAUUCUGGGCUCUCAGACACGAGCAUUGGCCUCAUCCUUCUGCCCUGCUCCUUGCUGGUCCUGUGCAUUUGCCUCAUCUUGAUUGUCAAGAUCUUGAACUCUGCGCUCAAGGGACCAGUUGCUAGAGUGAUUAAGAAGACUAUCAACACAGAUUUUCCCUUCCCUUUUGCCUGGCUGGCAGGCUACCUCGCCAUUCUUGUUGGAGCUGUGAUUACAUUUCUUGUGCAGAGUAGCUCUGUGUUCACCUCUACAAUCACUCCUCUAGUGGGUAUUGGUGUGAUCAGCCUUGAGAGAGCUUACCCUUUGACCUUGGGCUCCAAUAUCGGCACCACCACCACUGCCAUCCUGGCUGCCUUAGCUAGCCCUGGAAACACUUUAAAAAAUUCCCUCCAGAUUGCCCUGUGCCAUUUCUUCUUCAACAUGUCUGGGGUCAUUCUGUGGUACCCAUUGCCAUUCAUGCGCCUGCCGAUCCGUCUUGCCAGGGGCCUAGGAAAUAUCACAGCCACCUACCGUUGGUUCGCGGUGUUCUACCUGAUCCUCUGCUUUUUCCUACUCCCACUGAUAGUGUUCGGCCUGUCCCUGGCAGGCUGGCCAGUUUUGGUGGGUGUAGGAGUACCCUUCCUACUCACAAUUUUGAUAAUAAUGUUGUUGUGGGCCUUUGAGGCCCACCACAUAUUGCCCCUGUGGAUGCGCUCUCUAGAGCCCUGGGAUGACCUGGUAAUUGGCUUCAUGGACAAAUGCUGGCAGGAAAAUUGCUGCUACUCUUUUGGCGUUUGUUGCAGGACGAUUUUCCUGCCCUGGAAAUGGUACUCUUUCAAGGACUGGAAACUGAAGGGAAACAUGGGAAAGGUCAAGGAAGUUCCUAUUGAUGUCCCCGAGCAGUUUGAAAACACUGGAGUCGUGACUACCAAAUCCCAGACUUCAGCCGACACACGAGAGAAAAUCCCAGACAAGAAGAUCUCUCGCAGCAGCCUGGCCUUGUAG